AUGUCUCUCAAGGCUAUUGAUCCAUUGCUUCGUCAUACCUCUCUUCGGACCAUCGAACUUACCGUCCCGCUCAAGAUUGGGCUAAUUGAUUCCGACAUCUCAACAAUGGCGGAUGCUUGGCCGCUUCUUGAGGCCCUAAACAUAAACCUGCACUCCGACUGGGACAUGCAUCCACUGAUCACACUCAACGGGGUGUGCUACCUGCUCAAACGCUGUCCUCGUCUGUCAUUGCUCGCGAUGCCUAUUCACGUCAUGGCAUCUGACCGUCAGCAACCCAACUGGCAGCUCCAUGGCCAUGCAUUGCAGCGUACCACCAAGGGCCGUGGAAAUCUAUCCGAAUGUUGGCAGUAUCAAAACAGCAUCACCAAGUACAUUCAAGAGGCUCAAAUGAUCUACGCAGAGAGGGGUAACAUCGGUGCAUGUAGCUGGUAUGAGCUAGACAAGCGUCUAGGGGCGCUUGUCGAUGACAAGUAUGCCAACUAGCACUCCCGCGAGGUCGGGUGACAGUGGGUAAAACAAUCAGCUGUCUGACCAACUCCAGGGAAGCUCUGUUGCCUACCAACCCUUAUUCAAGCACAUCGUACAGUGUAUCUCGUAGACUUAAAAAAAAACUCGUGAUAUAU